AUGGGAUAGAGCGUAAAGUGUUGUAAUAAGUAAGAAGACAGUCUAUCAGAAAAUUAUUCAAAGCAGAUCUAAGCUGAUUAUUUUGGUCCUGAAUAUGUUCAUUAAUACUAAAUAUAGACAAAAUUCAUAACUCAUUUUUAAGCAUAAGGUCAUGAAGAGAAACAAGUACGAAAGGAAUCUCAAACACUCUCCUCUCCAAAUCAUGCAGAUUUAAAAUUAGGUUUAAGCCCGUUUUAGAACAACGAUGAAUAUUUCACUAAUGCUAAUUAAAUUCUUGAUUCAUUUUUUAAUGUUGAUUCUAAUAAUGUCAACUCAUCAUAUGAAAAUUCAAUAAGUGCUAAUAAAAGUAUACUCAAAAAAAAGGAUUAACAAAUAUGUAAACAUAUAAAAAGUGUGAAAUUUAAAGAUACUGGUUCGAAAAUAUCAUUUAGUAUCUCUCAACAAAAGGAAUUAGGUCAAUUAUUAAAGAGAGAGCACAAAUGA